UAUGGUUCACAAAACUCGAGAGAUUCGGAAUAUACAAGAGAAUUUCAAAACCUUCAAAAACCGGAACGAUAUCUCCACGGUGUUCAUACGAGCAGACAGAGAAGUGGAACGCAAUGCUCGGCUGUGGAAGCAGGGCCUAUUCACAACCUGCUCGGCGCUGAAGUUCGUGGUAAAGUCGACGGUGCAUUCGACUCGGGUCUCCUGGUGACAGCAACAGCUAAUGGGAAGAUAUUUAGAGGAGUCCUAUUUGCACCUGGGACGUCGGAUUUCGUCCCGAGAGGGCCAAUGCUCGCUCAAAGUCUGUCGAAAACACACCAGGCCGGUGCCACUCAGCCUUUUCUAAACUCGACCAAUUUCGAACCGUUGAAGCCCUCUCGUCCACGACGAUGUGCAUUAUGCCGGAAUCCGGUCGCGGUUCUCGGCAUUCGGCGACUAAUGGUACUGCAAAAGAUCCAAAGCUAAGAAGUGAUGCAGGAGAUGUGGUUCUAACGCUAGGAGGACCUGGAACUGGCCCUGUUUGACAUGUUAUAGGAAAUAAAUAAAUAAAUGUCCAAACCCUACUUGUUGGUAUUCAAAUUGUA